GCAUGUGUCCUUUAAGAUGAUAGAAAGCAGCUGUGAGUGUGUACGCAGGACCGGGGUGUUAGAUGCUUGCAUUAUUGUGUGCAUCCCUAUCUUUGCAGGCGAGAAGGGGCUUUUACAGAGUUGAUCAUCUCUGGAUUCAAGGAGAAAUCGAAAAACCGAGUGUCAUUGCAAAGGAUACAGGAGAAGCAAUAUCUUGAUGCUCAUUGGUGGUUUGGUGAUGGCAAAGGAGGACAAUAUCAUUCUGGACAUAAAAGAAGGCUGUAAAAAGUGACAAAAAUGUUUUUCUUGAGACGUUUUCUGUUUUCACCGAGGAGAUGCCACUUUCGAAAGUGGAGCAGUGACCUCUUUUUCAGUCAACUAAAUAAAUGCACAAAUGAAGAUCAAGUGUUUGAUCUUGUUGGAAAGAACAAAACCAAACUCUCUGAAAAACAUGUGGAAACCACUUUUGAUAUACUUUGGCAGUUUCAAAAGAAGAAGCCCGAAAUCCUGAGGAAUACAAAUUAUUUAAGAGAUCACCCUCACUUUCUCAUCCUUCGCAUUUUAGCAGAAAACAAGAUUGAAUAUAUGAAUAAUGAAGCAUUAGUGAACACACUCUACAAUUUACUUAGGUUUGGAGUUGAUGCCCACGAUUCAGUGGUAGAAGAGAUGGUCAUGGAAGGCUGGAGAAGAUUGGACAAUUUAAACAUGCCUGAGCUAUCUAAAUUUGCAUUGUGUCUAUAUGAGCAACAAAUGUACCAUAGUCCUCUCAUGGGACAGAUAGCUGAAAUUGUGAAUAAGAAUUUGGCUACCAUGCAGGACAUGAGGGGUUUUUCAGUUUUGACGGUUAGCAUAUCUGGGGUUAUCUCACAGAGUUUUCGAGAUCGGUUGGUAGAGAGGGCAGAGUUUCUUUUGGAUACCGUGGAUCCCAUCCCCGUGAACCAUGCCAGGCGAUUCAUACAGUUUCUCCGGAAUGUAAAACUAUCUCAUCGCCCUUUGCUACAUAAGUGCAAUAAGAUUUUUCUUCAGAAUGUGAGUCAAUUGGACUUGGACAACACGGCUAUCAUUCUUGGAUUCUACCAGGUGCUACAAUUCAACAAUAGAGAGUUUCGAUUGGCCGCUAAACAAAAACUGACAGAAAUGAUGGACGACUGCACCAGCCCUUCAAGGUUCACUCGACUGUUUGCUGCUCUUGCUCCUAUGGCCGGACCAGAUGUCAGAGAACAGUUAAUUGAAGCAGCUGUGCUGAUGGCAGAUGAAUUUGACCAUCACCAAGUGUUAGCCGUGAUAGAAACCAUGUCAGAAAUGGAAUGCAGAAGUUCACAACUGAUCCAAAAGAUUUCUUUUCUCCUUCACAAAUACUUGGAUCUCUACAAGCCAACAGAGUUGGCCAGAUUAACACAGUCCUUGGUCUUUCUUCGUUGCCCCCAUCCUGACCUUUAUUCCAAAUUACAAAGACUGCUAAUUGACUGCUUAAAAGUUAACGUCAUACCUGCCGAUAUUUCCAUGCUAAUUCGUACCCUUUCCAUGCUUCCUUCUUCUUACAUGGAUGAAGUCAUAGUUAGUCGAAUUGACGCCAUCGCGCAUCAGUGCAGCUUGAGUGAUUUGAGUUCAUUUGCCACAGCCAUUAUAAAAUGGGUUCGACGGGAUCAGUCCAGUCGGCAAAGCCCUUCUGGGCUGUACGGGACACUUUUACAAAAAGUUAAUAACUGUGCAUAUCAGAGAUUACAAAAAGCCAAUGAUCUGGAUCUUCUCUUAGAGGAAAUGAGAUACGUAUCUGGAGAAUGGUUGGAAGAAAUGCUGCUUGAAGAUGCCAUCGCUGUUUUUCAGCGCUUGAUGGACCAAAUUACAUGGACAAACGUACUGGAGUUUUCAUACUUUCUUACCAAAACCUCCUAUCUUUGUACUCCAUUACUUGAUAGAAUAGCUGCUGUUACUCUUCAGCAUUCAGAUAAGAUUUACAAUUCAGGAACUUACUCUCUUAUCCUUCCCUUUACAAUUCUGAAUUAUGAUCCUCCUCAAAGCGAAGAGUUUUUUAAAACUUGCAUUGGACAUUUCAGCACGCACUUAGGCAGUUUUGAGCCCCAUGUCCUUGUGCUUCUUGGUUUUGCUUUGGCUGUUGCUCAGUACUUUCCGGAGAAUCUGGCAGCAGCGAUAUUUAAUGUGGACUUCCUAGCCAAAUUGGAUGCCCAACUUGAAGCACUACCAGCCACCUUUAACAGGAGGGUCCGCUUACGGCUGAUGGAACUGAACCGUGCGGUCUGCUUGGAGUGCCCAGAGUUUCAGGUGCCGUGGUUUCAUGAGCGCUACUGUCAGCAACUGCAGCAAAGAAGUGGCAGUGGUCUUAGUGCAUUGCAACGACAGAUCCACAGGCUGCUGGGAGAAAUCUUGGGGGGGAGCCAUUUUGCCAAAGCAUCUGUUCUCACCCCCUACUAUUAUAAAAUAGACUUCGAGUGUAUUCUUGAUAGAAACAAGAAGCCGCUCCCUUAUGUAGAACAGAAUGUAGUCGUGGCCGAGUUGGAGAGAGUGCGCUGGGGUCAUGAUGGCCAGUUCGUGGGAAAGAAAGGGCUGCCACCAGGAGCUCAGAGGAUUGCUGUAGAAUUUCUUGAGUCUAAAGCUUUUUGCAAAAACUCACCUCACCUCAGAGGAGAAACUGCUAUGAAAAAGAGACAUUUGGAGAUUCUCGGAUACCAGGUUGUCCAGAUCCCACAUUUUGAAUGGAAUUCUAUGGAACUCUCCUCAAAGAAUGCAUGGAUGGACUAUUUAAAAAAGAAAAUAUUUGAGGAAGUUUGAUGUCACAUGGACAAGACACACAAUCAAGUAGCUCUUUUAUAUAGAAUUUUAUCAUGAAGCAAUAAAUUUUUGCAACCCUG